GUGGCGGGUCUUUUGUUUUCUGUGUGUCUGUUCAUUUUUCUUGUUUCCUGCGUGGUUUUGUUUUUUGUUUUUUUUUAUCUCUUUUGUCCUGUCUUCCCCGGAUAGUGUAUUUUCUUUAUCUUUGUGGAGUACCAAGAUUGAAUCAGGGGAUGUACUACAAUGUCUGGCCUGUGAUUAUACCUUUUUUUUGGCAGCGUAGCCUGUGACCACAGGAAUCUCUCGGUCAAGUGUUUGAUGACACAAGAAAUAAGCGGUCUACGUUCGCCACUAGGACCCUUUCUCGAAAGCGAUUCACACACCCGCACCCGCAACGGCAGCUUCAAGGUUGUGGUUACAUGCGGUGCUUCGGCCACAAUACGUGAAAGCCAAAGUCUAACCGAUGCCAAGGAGGACAAGAUGGACGCUGUCAUGACCCUCAUGAACCCGGCCUAUCACCUCAACUACCACCGCCAGACCUACGGCGACGACGCGUACCAGGUCAUGCUGCCUGUGGCGUCCACGCUGGAGGAAGUUGACACCCUGCUACCUCCUCUCCCCGUUGAUGGUCAGGCCGGCGCUCCCAAGAAACUCGGGCCGAAAAAGUUCAAGAGGAUCGCGGGGCGCGGGGACAAGUACGCUUCGUCGUCGUUCAACACGCGAGUUUCUGAACUCGGCCCGGCUGCAUCCGGAACCACGGCGGCUCCGUCUCUGUCGCAGGGGGGGUGCCACAGCGACUCCCUCUUCGUCACAGGGGAGGUUUUUAGGAUCUUUGAUACUUUCGUCUUUCUUUCUUUGGCUUUCGUGUUCCAUGCGGGGAAGUAAACGAGCGUGUCGUGUUCAGAUGUAG